AAUAAACAUGGAUCUAUGUCAGACGUGGAACCAGAUACCACUAGUCUAAGAUCUAAUUGUUCUGCUCCAAAUUCUCCUCUUUUACAACUUUCACAUCUUAAUCGCCCAGGAUCUAUCAAGGGGCCACAUUCUUCUGGAGCAAUUUGCGAAUCGGAGGACUCGACUGUCAGUGAACUGCGCAAACAACUCCGUGAAAAAGACAUGAAGUUGACAGAUAUACGCCUCGAAGCAUUAACCUCAGCUCAUCAGCUCGAGCAAUUACGAGAAACCAUGAAUAAAAUGAGGAAUGAGAUGAGUGCUUUGAAAGCAGACAAUGACCGGUUAACUCGAAUGGUCACCACUAAAAACCUAAACAUGUCGACUUCCUCCCUACAUCACCAAGUGAGCAAUGAUUCUCUUGACCGCAGUCUUAGUUUGGCAUCAUCAGAUCACGGUAGUCUUGGCAGAAGAAAACAAAAAAUGGGAAUGAAAUCUCCUACACAGUCAGAUAUAAUGCAGAUCCCAGAGACUCCUGAUCGUGAAGGAAAGCGAGUAACAAUCACUGUUUACUUGGGGUCAAAUCCUGAUCCAACUAGGGCUCCAGAGAAGUUGCCAGAGGUUCUUAUUGGCUCUUUAUCUGUAAGUGGCAAAACCAAAUGGGAUAUUCUAGACAAUAUUGUACGAAAGAUAUUUAAGGUAAGGUUUUUUUUGCUUUGUUUUUUUUUAAGACAUUUUUUUUUUCCUUUCCUUCUAAAACUUUUUCGGAAUAACAAUGUAAGCAUGUGGCCAUUUUAUUUUUAUUCCUUUUAUUUCGGACGUUCUCAAUCUUUUAUUUUAUUUAGAUAUUUUUUUUGACUCUGUGGU